AUGCCAGUUCCAAAUACACUCUCUCGAUCGGAGACAUGGCGUCUGUUGCUCCUCGUGGGAGCCGGUCUCGGCAUCCUGGUCAACACGUUCCAGGGCGAUGGUGCGCCGGUGAUAGCCUCAAUUGCUCUUUCUUUCAUUGCGUUCGCAGUCGCUUUCAGCAUGGUUCGAUGGCUCGGACCUGUAUUUAUUAAAGCAGGUCUAAAGGGAAAAGAUAUGGCCAAACCCAGAAAACCUGAAAUACCGGAAACAAUGGGUGCCGUUUGUGCUGUGGUUUAUCUACUUGCCCUCAUCAUUUUCAUUCCCUUUGCCUUCUACAAGGAUAUUGUUGCAGCCACUUCGGGUGGAGGCAAUCGAGAUGUUGUUAUCGAAGAUCAACACAUCGAAACUGGACGGUUCCUCCACAGAUUUCCCCAUGGGAAGCUUGCAUCGUAUCUCUCGGGUCUUUUGUCCUUGCAAUGUAUCAUCAUUCUUGGAAUUGGUGAUGACUUGCUUGACAUUCGCUGGAGGCAUAAGGUCCUGAUUCCUGCAUUUGCCGCCAUUCCAAUGCUGGUUGUUUACCUUGUCGAUUUUGGCGUGACACACGUUGUCGUACCCGUUCCCCUGCAGCGGUACCUUGGUGAUUUCAUUGACCUCGGGUGGCUGUACUACAUGUACAUGGCAGCUGUCGCGAUCUUCUGCCCAAAUGCUAUCAACAUGCUGGCAGGUAUUAACGGCAUUGAAGUUGCUCAGUCGCUGGUCAUUGCAUUCCUUUUACUCUUGAAUGAUGCCAUGUAUCUCGCUCCCAUCACCCCGUACCCCCAUCCGGCUACCGACUCUCACUUGUUCUCGAUAUACUUCUUGCUACCCUUCAUUGGUGUUUCAGCGGCGCUUUUGUGCCACAAUUGGUACCCCUCCAAGGUAUUUGUUGGUGAUACUUAUUGUUACUUUGCGGGGAUGGUGUUUGCCGUUGUGGGUAUUUUGGGACAUUUCAGCAAGACAUUGCUGUUGCUGUUCGUUCCCCAGAUCUUCAACUUCCUCUAUUCAACCCCUCAGCUCUUCCAUAUCAUUCCCUGCCCCCGCCAUCGACUUCCCAAGUUUAAUGCGUCAACUGGGCUACUCGACGCUUCUGUCACAGAAUGGACCAUUCCUCCUUCGUCAUUGGUCACUGUGGCCCUCGAGUUACUACACAAACUACGAUUGGUGCGGGUUAAGAAGGAUGAAAAUGGUCAAAUUGUGGAAUCCACAAAUUUGACCAUUCUCAACCUUUGGCUCGUGUGGAUGGGUCCUAUGAGGGAAGACCGACUUGCAUGGCACAUGGUUGCGGUCCAGAGUGUGUGUGGAUUACUUGGUCUCUUCGUGCGACACCGUCUCGCCUUGCUGGUGUUCAACCAAGAUAAUCGGACAUUUCAGUCUGUCGUAUAG